AUGGCUUCGUUAAAUGAUUACUCACUGUUUUUUAAACAAUGUGGCAAUUAUAUUUCAAUUGUGGCUGUGUAUGUUGAUGACAUCUUAAUCACAGGGAAUGCUACAGAUGAAAUCCAGAUUCUAAAAGCUUUCUUACACAAGGAAUUCAAAAUCAAGGAUCUUGGACUUCUACAUUGGUAUCUUCUCCUAUGGAUUCUUCUAUCAAGCUUUCUGCAAAUUCAGGACCUCCCCCUGUCAGAUCCAACAAUUUAUCGUCAUCUAAUUGGAAAGAUCAAUUAUUUAACCCACACUAGACCUGACCUAUCUUUUGAUGUAUUAACUCUCUGCCAAUUUAUGCACAAACCAACAUCUAUUCACUACUCUGUUGGUUUAAGAAUAAUGCGUUACCUGAAAAGAUUUCCAAGCUAUGGCCUUUUCUUUACGGCUUCCCCUGGUUUAUCUUUAACCACUUACUGCGAUGCUGACUGGGCAUCUUGUUGUGACUCUCGUCGAUCUGUUAGUGGUUUUUUUAUCAGCUUAGGUCGAUCUCCCAUUUCCUGGAAAUCAAAGAAACAAAGUUCAGUGUCAUUGUCAUCUGCAGAGGCAGAAUAUCGUUCAAUGAGAAGAUUGGUUGCUGAAUUAACUUGA